UUUGUAACAACUUUUUCAGCUGUGUUGUCAAUUCGUGAAAAUGUUAGGAGGUUUGAUGUAAAUUAUAAUUACUGAAGUUGUAAAUUAGACGUCGGCAAGGAGUAUUUUCAAGGUAGGCUUUGAAACAACAGAAGCUUGUUGAUGCACAAUGUUUCGCUUACGCCGACGGUAUACCCUGAUUUUAUGCGGUAUUUGUACGGUUGUGUUGUUGCUUCUUUAUCUAUUAAUAAUUUUCUCGGCACCCGCGCAAGAUAAAAAGCCAAAUUAUGUAGCAAUCGUUUCUAAAUUGCAAUCUUUGGAGGAUGGACUACACCGGCAUGGGCAGGAAAUGAGACAUUUGAAAAACCGUCUGGAUCGCCAAUGGCAGCAAAGUAAUGAACAGCGCCGAGAACAAAACCAGUUAGAACAUCAACAGGAACGUGAAAUUUUGGAAAAACCUGUACUAUCAGAACCGGACCAAUGUAGUUUUGACUUUCAGCAGGUUCCACAGCCAGAUGUGCAGAUGUUAGACAUGUAUAAUGAGUGGACGUUUGCUGACAUUGAUGGCGGUGUUUGGAAGCAGGGCUGGAACGUUAAAUACGAUCCAUUACGUUUUAAUGAGCAUAACAAAUUAAAAGUGUUUGUAGUGCCACACUCUCACAAUGAUCCAGGCUGGGUUAAAACAUUUGAUGACUACUAUGAACACGACACCAAACACAUAUUGUCCAAUGCAUUGCGGCAUUUGCGCGAGAAUCCGGACAUGACGUUUAUCUGGGCGGAGAUAUCGUAUUUUUCACGUUUCUACGAAGAUCUUGGAGAGCAUAAUAAGCUUGAAAUGAAAAAGAUUGUGCAAAAUCGUCAACUCGAAUUUGUAACUGGUGGUUGGGUCAUGCCAGAUGAAGCAAACUCUCAUUGGUUAAGCGUUUUAUUGCAACUCACCGAAGGACAAACAUGGAUUAAGCAACAUUUUAACAUUACACCAACGUCUUCGUGGUCCAUUGAUCCCUUUGGUCACAGCCCUACUUUGCCUUAUAUAUUAAAAAAGUCUGGUUUUCAGAAUCUUCUCAUACAACGCACGCAUUACUCAGUUAAAAAGGAGUUAGCGCUCAAAAGGCAGUUGGAAUUCUACUGGCGACAACUUUGGGAUACUUCAGGCAGCACAAGUCUUUUCACUCAUAUGAUGCCAUUCUAUUCCUAUGAUAUUCCCCAUACGUGUGGGCCAGAUCCGAAAAUUUGCUGUCAAUUCGAUUUUAAACGCAUGCACGAGUUUGGGCUUUCUUGUCCUUGGCGGGUACCACCACAACCGAUCACUGAGCAUAACGUUGCGCAACGUGCGGAAAUGCUGGUAGACCAGUGGAAGAAAAAGGCUGAGUUAUAUCGCACUAACGCGCUACUGAUACCCUUAGGUGAUGACUUUCGUUUCAGCCAAAGCACUGAAUGGGAUGUGCAGCGGGUCAACUACGAAGCACUCUUCGAUCACAUCAAUUCGGAGCAUCGGCAUUUCGUGGAGGCCAAGUUCGGUACAUUGCAGCAAUACUUCGAUGCUGUGCAUCAGGAACAGCGUGAGCUUAUGCGCGAAUUCCCUGUACUAAGUGGUGAUUUUUUCACCUAUGCGGAUCGCGUUGACAACUACUGGUCAGGCUACUACACAUCACGUCCGUACUACAAGCGGCUUGAUCGUGUUUUGUUGCAUUAUGUGCGCGCUGCAGAGAUGUUACACGCAUGGCGUCCAUGGGACCCUUCAGCAAAGUUUGAUGUAAUGCUUCAGAAUGCACGACGCGAACUAUCGCUGUUUCAACAUCACGACGGUAUAACAGGUACAGCCAAGACUCAUGUGGUGACAGACUAUGCGCGCCGUAUGCUGGACGCUGUGACAACAUGCCAAUUCGUAAUGCAACAGGCGGUUUACAGACUGCUUACCAAACCUUCAAUCUAUAUACCAGACUACAAAUUUCAUUACUUUUAUCUGGAUGACUCCCGCUGGCCCGGACCUAGUGACAGUCGUAGCACGAUUAUUUUGGGCGAGGAAUUACCGCUUAAACACAUUGUUUUACAUAAUUCUCUGGCGAGAUGGCGCGAAGAGUUAGUUGAUUUUUAUGUUUCAAGCCCUUAUAUGAGUGUAACGGACUUCCAUGGUAAUCCUGUAGAAGUGCAAAUCACACCAGUUUGGACGUGGCAUCGUCACAUACCUUCGAAUAGUAUCACACCGCAAGCAUCCACUACGAAGUAUCGAUUAUUAUUCAAGGCGAAUGUCCCACCCUUAGGCCUGGUCACAUACAUAAUACAAGCGCAAACAAGUCAACAGAAACAUAGCUCAUAUGCGACGAAUCUCAUUUUGACUACAAACCCAAUAUCGAUUAGCUUAGGAAAUUACCCUCAUGAAGUGAAAUUUGGAGAGCAUCGCCCGAUUUCGUUGCAUGUGGCCGGAGGCCCAACUGUCGCUUUUAGUGGCGAUGGUCUUUUAAAGUCCAUUCAAAUCGACACCCAUGCACCACAUAUACCCAUAAAAUUGAAAUUUUAUAAAUACAGUGGUGAUGCAUCUGGUGCCUAUUUGUUUAUGCCACAUGGACCGGCGACACCAUUGGUCGAUAUGGGACCUCCUACUGUGCUUGUAAGCGAAGGUCCUUUGGAAGCGAGCGUAACUGUCGGGUUGCCAUUCGUAGUACAUCAGACGUUACUACGUGGUGGUGCACCGGAAAUACAAAACCUAGUGGAUAUUGGGCGCAUGGACAAUACUGAGAUUGCUAUGCGUUUUUUGACUCGUAUCAAGAGUGCCGACCUAUUUUAUACCGAUCUCAAUGGUUUACAGAUUAUUAAGCGCCGACGUUUGGCCAAACUGCCGCUGCAAGCAAACUACUAUCCCAUACCAUCAUCUGCGUACAUCGAAGACGACGCAUUGCGUCUGACAUUGCUGACGGGACAACCUUUAGGUGGGUCGUCGUUGAAUUCAGGCGAACUAGAAAUAAUGCAAGAUCGUCGCCUAACGCAUGACGAUGAGCGAGGUCUUGGCCAAGGAGUGCUGGACAAUCAGCCAGUGAUGCACAUAUUCCGAGUUGUUGUAGAGCGUAUAGACACCUGCCUAAUGCUUUCUGAAACCCAUCCGUCAGGUGCUUUAACUCCAAUGGCGCACUUGGCUUCGCAAACGUUACUUCAUCCAUUGGAUAAAUUUAUUUUUAUUGAAAAUAAUUGGUUGGGCGUACAGGCGGCUUUUGGCGAAAAACGAGGUGGUGCCGGUGAGGAUACAUCCAUUGCCGUUUUAAGAAAUCUACCGCCGACUUUAGCGAAGUUGCCAGUGGCGCGUGAUCGCAAAUCGAAGGAUUCGUUAAUGAAUACUGGAGUGGUAGUACAUCGCACACUGCUAUUGCAGUGCCGUGCAGGCGAUCAGCAAACAGGCUUUAUUAACUUUACCAAAUUGCUAAUGUUUGAUACAAUCACCGGUGUUUAUAACACAAGUCUAACAUUCCUACAAUCCCCUCAAAGGUCGGAUAGUGUUGAAGCAAUUAGUCUUUGUCCAUUGGAUACGCAAGCAUAUAUAUUACAACAUCAUGGCUGAUUUAAGAAUCUCGAUUAAUUUACCUGUCCUGUAUGUUUAGUUUUAGUUUUGAAACACGUGAAUCUCACAUCAAUGAAACGUUUCGAACAAUGCAUAAUUUUAAACCUCUUUUAAAUAAAUAGUUUGUAAUAGUUUUUUGACUGCAAACGUUAUGCUAGUGGAUAUAUAUAUAUAUAUAUAUAU